AUGUCCGACAACGGCUCAGACGACAACAACGACCAAGGGAUAUGGCAGCGAGGUUCCCCAUCACCCGCCUUAUCCGUCUCCCAUCUCGCAGCCAGAUUCGCCCAAAGGAAGGAUACAUUCGUAGGAGGCACUGCACCGCGAUCACCUAUGCAAAGCGACGCAGAGCUGGAGCGGAAGAGGAGAGGGAACGCAACCGUAGUCAUCGAGAGGCAGAAACUAUACUCGCGGGAGGCUCAGUGCAGGAGACUCGGUGAAGACUGUGGGUUGGCUAUGAUAGAGAGACGCUCCCACCACCACCAUUCAGAUCUCACAUACCUGACCCACCCUCCCCGUCUAAUUCGCGGAAAGAGUCAGGUGGCUACUAAUCGGUGGUCUGCUGCGGAGAGUAGGCUUACGCCUACGAAAGACCCUUUGACGCCUGCUCAACAGAUUAUAUUGGACACAAUGGCGAGGGAUAAGGAUAACAAGCAAAACGUCAAAGGCAAGGAGAAGGAGUGGCCCAAGGCAGAUUCACGAUCUAGUCAACAUUCCAAUAACUCCCAUCCGACGCGUCCCCGCACCUUCUCCUUCCACGUCUUCGCCUAG